GGCUAUUGCUUUUUCGUUUUUUAAAAAAGCCAAGCAUUUGGUCACCGUCCACCUGCAGAAGUGAGUUUGUGUUGAAGAAGCUCCAGCCUCUGUCUCAUUGCCAGCAACGCGGUGGGGCUCUCUUAGCGUGAGCUACUUCUCAGGCCAGGCACGACAGCAGUGCUAGCCAAUUUGAAAAAGCAAGAGACAGCCACUGCAUGCAGAGUUCCAGCCUUACAACCCCCAGGCUAGUCUUCCAAGCAGCUGUGUAGCCAGCGACCCUUGGUAUUGUGGUCACAUCCCUCCUCCAAAGUCCCCGUCGCGACGUUCGGAGGAAGCCGUGAUGUUGCAGAUGCUGUGGCAUUUUCUGCCUAGCUUUCUCCCCAGUGCUGGGUGCCAAGGCUCCAGAGAGGGCACCGAUAAGGAAGUCAGAGGCACCCCAGCUCCUGCUCGGGGAGACCAGAUGUCAAGCUUUUUGGGGAAACAGGACGGAAGGGCUGAGGCCACGGAAAAGAGACCCACCAUUUUGCUGGUGGUCGGACCUGCAGAGCAGUUUCCUAAGAAAAUCGUACAAGCUGGCGAUAAAGACCUCGAUGGGCAGCUAGACUUUGAAGAGUUUGUCCAUUAUCUCCAAGAUCACGAGAAGAAACUGAGGCUGGUGUUCAAGAGUUUGGACAAAAAGAAUGAUGGACGAAUCGACGCUCAAGAGAUCAUGCAGUCGCUGCGGGACCUGGGAGUCAAGAUAUCUGAACAGCAGGCAGAAAAAAUUCUCAAAAGCAUGGAUAAAAACGGCACGAUGACCAUUGACUGGAACGAGUGGAGAGACUAUCACCUUCUGCAUCCUGUGGAGAAUAUCCCCGAGAUCAUCCUGUACUGGAAGCAUUCCACGAUCUUUGAUGUGGGCGAGAAUCUGACGGUCCCCGAUGAGUUCACCGUGGAGGAGAGGCAGACGGGGAUGUGGUGGAGACACCUCGUGGCCGGAGGCGGGGCAGGGGCUGUCUCCAGAACAUGCACGGCCCCUCUGGACAGACUCAAGGUGCUCAUGCAGGUCCAUGCCUCCCGCAGCAACAACAUGUGCAUCGUGGGUGGGUUCACCCAGAUGAUUCGAGAGGGAGGGGCCAAAUCCCUCUGGCGGGGCAACGGCAUCAACGUCCUCAAAAUUGCCCCCGAGUCGGCCAUCAAAUUCAUGGCCUAUGAGCAGAUCAAACGUCUUAUUGGGAGUGACCAGGAGACUCUGAGGAUUCACGAGAGGCUUGUGGCAGGGUCCCUGGCGGGGGCCAUCGCCCAAAGCAGCAUCUACCCAAUGGAGGUUCUGAAGACUCGGAUGGCCCUACGCAAGACAGGCCAGUACUCGGGCAUGCUGGACUGUGCCAGGAAGAUCCUAGCCAGAGAGGGGGUGGCCGCCUUCUACAAAGGCUAUGUUCCCAACAUGCUGGGCAUCAUCCCCUACGCCGGCAUAGACCUGGCCGUCUACGAGACGCUGAAGAAUGCCUGGCUGCAGCGCUAUGCAGUGAACAGCGCGGACCCCGGUGUGUUUGUGCUCCUGGCCUGUGGCACCAUGUCCAGCACCUGUGGCCAGCUGGCCAGCUACCCACUGGCCCUGGUCAGGACCCGGAUGCAGGCCCAAGCCUCCGUUGAGGGCGCUCCAGAGGUGACCAUGAGCAGCCUCUUCAAACAGAUCCUGCGGACUGAGGGGGCCUUUGGUCUGUACCGGGGGCUGGCCCCCAACUUCAUGAAGGUGAUCCCAGCCGUGAGCAUCAGCUAUGUGGUAUACGAGAACCUGAAGAUCACGCUGGGCGUGCAGUCGCGGUGACGGGGGCGAGGGCAGCCCCGCCCACGGACUUGCUGAUCCUGGGCCUGCGGCCCCGGGAUGUGUAGCCAUCUCAUUCUGUGAAUGUGUCAACACUACGCUGACUGAAGCCAAGCUGUGAAACCCUGGAUGCGGCUGCAAGGGAGGGGGAAGAGCUGGCAGGCCUGCCGGGUUUGUCCUGCUGACCCUGGUGUUCGUCCCAGGGAAGACCCAUGGCUAUUCCUCCAGGUCCGGGGGUCAGCAGGACACAGGCUGUCGUGCAUGGGGACAGGACGUUUCCUGCAGUGCCUGCCGAAUAGCAGGGCUCAGAUGCCGGCUUAGUUCUUCCAUCCCCUCUCAAAGCCAGGCCACCGGCCGCAGGCCUUGCCCCUUGGCCUGCUGGGGGUCUUCCCCAGGCCCUCUUUGCUUCCAUCCUCGCUGCUGUUUUAACAUGGUAGGAGGGGGGCUCCCAGCCCACUCCCACGCCCCUCCUCACUCCUCUCCCCUCUGUCCGUGGGGACAGGUCGUUCCACCCGACUUUACCAGCCCGACUUCCUGACCUACAGCGUUGCUGCUGGCUAUGUGGUGCAGGGAGGAGGGAGGAGUCUGGCUUUUGUGCUCAUCCUGGUCUGAGCCCACUGUUGGCUUCUGAGCUCACCAACAGAGGGGCCCUGGAUGUGCGUGUGCAUGCAGAGGGGCAAGGCCAGCCCCGCCCUUGGCUGCCUGGCGUCCUGGCGCAUGGCUUCCCGGAAGGCGGGUGCUGGGUCCUGGGGCCCAGAGGGCCUGUGCUCCCUGCUGCUGGGAGCCUCGUGGUGCUCUGAGCUGGCCCCGGACUCUGUCAGGACUGGCACCAGCUCAGAACCAACUCCCUGCACCCCUCGGGCAUGAGGGCAGUAGGGCAUCGUGUUGUAGCGGGAGGGCAGUUCCUGCCCCUGUCUGCGAGCCCUGGUGAGGGAAGGAAAAGGUGUUAAAGGCCUUAAUUAUGUAUUUUUGGGAAAAGGGUUUUGUUCAGAAAGACAAGCUGGGCACAUGUGCAAGUUCUCUGCUUCCAGAGAGAAGACAAAGGAGUAGGCGGCUUGGCUGACCGACCGCAUUCAAGUCUGUUUCUGACGCCCCUGGGGUUGUGUCCGAUCCCGAUGGGGUAGAGUGGGACCAGCCUCACAUUCCACUGGUGCCGCGUAUCACAGUGCUUGGAGCUUAUUUAUUUUGUAUUUAUUUGAACAGAGUUAUGUCCUAACUAUUUUUAUAGAUUUGUUUAAUUAAUAGCCUGUCAUUUUCAAGUUCAUUUUUUAUUCAUAUUUAUGUUCGUGGUUGACCGUACCUUCUCAGCACCGCGGUGUGGGGUGGGGAGAGGAAGGAGGCGCCGUGGGAGGGACCCUCUCACCACUGCCCACACCGACGUCACGUCUGUCCAAAGAAAUUCCCCUUGGAACUGGCGACAGAGAAGAAGGGCAAGAAAGGGGCCCUGAUCCUGGAGAGAGAGAUGUCCUUUGGCAGGUCGGGGCAGGGCUGGCACCCCUGAAGCCUGAGGAUCUGAUGGGGGCGAGGAGAGGGGGAGAAACCUCCAUUCCAUUGAAAAUGGAAAUCCAAAUCCUUUCUUGGACUGGAGGAUUUCUUUAUUUUACCCUUUUUGAAUGACUAGGCAGUGAGGGGCCUAUCACUGUGAGUUUGGGGUGGGGGCCUAGAGGAGAGGGCGGCCAGCCCCCCGCCCGCCCCUAUGAAGUGGGCUCCGCCCCGUCGCAGGCCCCCGCUGCCCCUGCUCAAUCAUGCUGGUCACCUCGAAGCCCCACAGCUGCACUUCAUUCUGCCAGAAGGGCUGAUGAGGACAAGUGAAAUAGGACGCAAAGAUCAAUGCAAACGUUACUGUUAUAUAGAAAUAGAGUUAUAACUGGAAUUUGUGAAAAAGCAAAUUACAAAAGAAUUGGAAGUUGUCGUAAAAAACAGCCUUCUAAUAAAGUUGUUUCAAAGCUGA